AUGUCAUUGAAGAAUAAGUCUGCGAAGGAUUUGCUGAAUUUGACAAAGAAAUUGGUGCCUCCAUUACUACCACAGUUCCAUAAAGGUCAAGGUAUGUGUCUCGAUAGGUUUUAUUAUACUGGUGCUCCUUAUUUCGCUGCACAUGCUGCUGCUGUCUUUGGUGCUGACUUGUCCCAUAUAAUUUGUGAAAAAAAUGCAGCUACAGUGAUUAAAUCAUAUACCCCAGAUCUUAUGGUUCAUCCAUAUCUAUAUGAGAAAGAUAAUGUUCCUGAUCAUGUACAAAAUAUUGAUGAAUUUCUGGAGAGUAAAGUAUUACCAAAAGUGAAAUCUUUAUUAUCAAGAAUACAUGUUGCUAUUGUUGGACCAGGUUUAGGUAGAGAUGAAUUAAUGUUGAAAACUUUAGAGAUUGUCAUUGGAUACCUUAAAGAAAAGCAAAUUCCUAUAAUAUUUGAUGCUGAUGGUCUUUAUUUAUUAUCACAGAAACCUGGUUUAGUUCAUGGAUAUCAAUUAGCUACACUAACACCAAACGUUGUGGAGUUCAAAAGAUUAGCGGAUGCUGUAGGUUUAGAUCUUGAUGGCAGGAACCCACAUCAAGAGGCAAGUGAUUUAUCCAAUCUACUAGGUGGUGUUACCAUUUUGAGAAAAGGUGCUGUUGAUAUAAUUGCCCAAUAUGAUCAAGUCAUUGAAAGUAAUACAAAAGGUUCGGAUAGAAGAUCUGGUGGUCAAGGUGAUACAUUAACAGGUACAUUAGCCACAUUAACAGCAUGGGGUGAAUCAUAUAAAUCAUUCUUGUGGGAUCAUGAUGGAGAUGUUGAAGAGGAAGAUAUCUCAUUAUUGGCAGCUUUUGGAGCUUCUACUGCAACAAGAGUCGCUGCGAGAGAAGCUUUUAGACAAAAGGGUAGAGCAAUGCAAGCCACUGAUUUACAUGCAAACGUUGGAAGAGCGUAUCAAAUUGUCUUUGAAGAGGAAAAUGAGUUGUUUGAAUAG